AAAAACUAGAGGUUAAUGAAGUUCCUCCUGUUUCCUCCGCCAGGGGCCAGUCUGCAGCAGGCUUUCAGGGUGGAGCCGGAUAACAUCACAGUCCUGGAAGGGGCUGCGGCUGUCUUGCAGUGCAUGGUGGACAAUCCCUCAGGCGUGGUCCAGUGGGUGAAGGACGGGUUACUGCUCGGACCGGACCGAAGCAUCCCCGGAUUCCCCCGCUACAGCAUGACAGGAGACCCCAGCAAAGGGGAGCACCAUCUGCGGAUCGUGGGCAGCCGGCUGGCAGAUGAUGCGAGUUAUGAGUGCCAGGCAGGGCGCUCCGAGGAUAGCCCAGGCAUUGUGUCGCGCACGGCGCUGCUCAGCGUGCUGGUGCCCCCCAAGCUGCCCAUCAUGAAGGAGUAUGAGGCUGACAGCACCGUGACCUGGGUGGCCGGCGUGGAGUACAGCGUAACCUGCAGCGCCAGCGAUGCCAAACCCGCCGCAGAGAUCUCCUUCAACAAGGGUGGCUCCCCCCUCCCUGAGGUGUCGCUCCAGGUGAACUCCGGGUCCAACGAGAAACUCUCCAGCACCGAGGCCGUGCUCAGGGUCACUCCGCAGAGCUCGGACAACGGGAAGCGUCUGGUCUGUGCAGCCACAAAUGAGGCUGUGUCGGCCCCUUUGGUAGCUGGUGUUACCAUGAACAUCCUGUUCCCGCCCGAGCCACCCACCAUUGAAGGACACACGCGCCCCGAAAUCAAAGCUGGGGAGACCCUGAAACUCAGCUGCAUCUCCAGGAGAGGGAACCCUCUGGCCACGCUGCAAUGGCUGAAGAAUGGGGACGUGGUCUCCACGAGCUGGGAGACGGAUGACACCGGCCGUGCCUCCCGCAGCCUCCUGACGCUCAGCAUCAAACCCGAGGACAACGGGGCCCAGCUGUGCUGUGAAGCCGUGAACCAAGUGUCACCCCUGCCCCUGCCAGCCGGCCUCACCCUGCUUCUCCCCACAGAGGUUUCCAUCCUGGGCUCCAGUAACACCCCGGAGAACAAGCAGAUCUCUCUGUCCUGCUCCACCGCCCCCAGCAACCCCCCAGUGCAGCUGCGCUGGUGGCUGGGCUGGCGGGGACUCCACCACGAGGAAGAUCCCCCCCAGAAGCUUUGGAUUGAGGCCCCGCCCCCCAACAGCCAGUUCCGGGCUGGCACCAAGGUCAGGCUGACCUGCUUCGCCAGUGGGGGGAACCCAGCCCCACGCCUCGUCUGGAUCAAGGAUACCAAGUCCCUCAGGGAGGGGACCCAGGUGGCCUCGGGCAAGAUUGUCUCCAAAGAGCUGAUCCUGAGCUCCAGCCCCAGCGACAACCGGGCCACCUAUCGCUGCAACGCCUCCAACGACGCCAAGAGCCCAGCGCUCACCGCCCAGCCCCUCCUCCACAUCCAGUUUCCCCCGAUCGACGUGAAGAUCACGACCACCGCCAAGGAGGUGCGACGAGGCCAGGCGCUGACCCUGACCUGCACCACCGGGAGCAGCAACCCCUUUGCCACCCUGGCCUGGUUCAAGGAUGCAGAGAAGCUGAAGGGGGUGGAUCUGGGGCGGAAGCCAGCAGAGUUCGGGGGGCUCUCCACCUCGGGGAAGGUGACCCUGGUAGUGUCAUCCUCGGACAACGGGCGGCGGGUGACGUGCCAGGCUCACAGCUCCAUCCUGGCAGAGACCGUCAACACCUUCCACAAGCUCAACGUCCUGUGUGAGAACUUCCCCUGCCUGGAGAGCGGGGCGCUGGAAGGGUCCCCCCGGCACCACCUGCGGGAGGGGGCCAGUCUGUGCAUCUGGAACGUGAGCCGGGCCGAUGCAGGACCGUACCGGGCACGGUGCCAGAACCCCGAGGGGCAGAACGAGACCCUCCUCCACCUGGACGUGCACUACGCGCCCUCCAUCCGCAGCCUGGGCGACCCCGUCUCCGUGGACCUGGGCGCCACAGCUGAGCUGGUCUGCGUGGCCGAUGCCAACCCUGCCCCCGCAGGCAUGUUCCAGUGGACCUGGCUGGGGAUGGAAGAGCGCAGCCUGCAGCAGCUGGAGCUGGAGAUCCCGGUGGCUCGGCGGGCUCAGGCCGGGCUGUACGAGUGCCGUGUGGACAACGGGGUGCCGCCCCCUGCCCGGGGCAGUGCCCGCCUCAUCGUGCGCUUCAAGCCAGAGCUCGAGAAGGGAGUGGGGCUGGGGAAAGUGGCCGUGCCCGGGGACAGGAGCUCGCCUGCCUCCCUGCAGUGUCGCGCCCAGGGGGUGCCCAGCGUGCAGUUCAGCUGGGCCAAGAACGGGGCAGCCCUGCCACCCGACAACCCCAGGUACACGGAGCACACGUGGCACGAGGGCGCCUGGCACAGCAGCACCCUGACCAUUGCCAACGUGAGCGCGGUGCACGACUACGCCACCUUCACCUGCCGUGCCAGCAAUGCGCUGGGCACCGACACCCUCGACAUUCAGCUCCUCAGCACCAGCCGCCCCGACCCCCCCACGGGAUUAAAGAUCGUGAGCGUCACCCACAAUUCAGCUGGGCUGGAGUGGAUCCCUGGGUUUGAUGGGGGGCUACCCCAAAGAUUCCGCAUCAGGUAUCGCUGGCCAGGCGCCCCCAGCGCCCUGUAUGUGGACGUGUUCCCCGCCCAGACCCCCGCGUUCACCCUGACGGGGCUGAGCCCAGCUACCCCCUACAGCGUCGGCGUCAGUGCCCACAACGCGCUGGGAGAGAGCGCCCAGGGCCCCAGCAUCACCAUCACCACCGCAGAACUGCCUGUGGUGGAGCCGACAGCUGUGGCGUCUGAGGAACCGAAAGCAGGU